CUGCUCCCUGGCUAGAGGAUGAUAAACUUAAUGGGCUGUCUAUUUUUAACCUCCUGUUCUUUCCUUCUGUUCAUGUAAUCAGGGCUGUGGGAGAUUUUCUCCUGAAUGGUUCCAAAUCUUCUUUCUUGCUGCUUUCCCAAACAUUCAAAAGAAUAGGGAGAGUCAACCAAGAGCUAAAUUAAUUUCCCUUUAACUUGGCACUUGAGACGUCAUGUCAGACGAGAGGAAUAGUCCUGGAGAGCUCUCAACAACUACAGUCAGUUCUGUGGCUAUACAAGCCGGGAAUUCCAGGAUAGUUGUGGCUAUACUCAAGUGUGGAGCACUGGUGGAGCUGCAGCUUGCUGAAGCCAUUCCCAACUUACUUGAGAUUGGCUCAAACCAGGAUGAAACCAAAAAACUUCUACAAGAUCAUGAAAUGCUCCUUGGCAAGCUCAAGUCACUGGAAGAUAAUGUGUGGGAUUUGUUAUGUGAAGCAGACAAGACAGCUGAAGAAAACCCAGAGCAAAGCCAAGUGUAUGAUGCCAUGGCGGUGACCCUCAAGGAUGCCUGGGAGGCCCUAAUCAGUGCCCUGGAGAAUCGACAAGCUCUGCUGAAAAUGGCUUUAGCAUUCUUUCAAAUGGUGCUAGAGUUUGCUGCAACACUAAAUCAAGCAGAAGGCUUCCUUCAUAGUUCAUUGGCUCAGGACUCAGUAGAUUCUGUUAAAGAACUUCUUCACCAGCAUCAAAGUCAUACAAAGGGUCUUCUAGAAAGGUCACUGGCUGUACUGAACAAAAGCCAUGAACUGACGGAAUUCAUAGAGCAAUUCAAGAUGAACCAGUCAAUUGCAAACUCUGACAUGAUUCGGCAGGCCAGAAACAGCUGCAGGAAGAUUGAGGACCUCCUGGAAUCGCUACAGGACAGGAGAAGGCAGCUGGAUAAGCAACUGAAGCAAAAGCGAGGAAGACUGGAGAAGGUUUUGCAAGUUAUUCAGUGGCACCAACAGGAGGAUAAGGUAACCUGUUGGCUGAAGAAACAUAUAGACCUGUAUUUGAAGAAUGGCCAGCUUGGUGCAUCACUAACAGAAAAUGAAGAGCUCAUUCACAAGCACAGCCAGCUUGCUCAUGAUGCCAAGAAAUGGACAUUAGCUAUUGACAAGUUAAAAAGUGAAGCCUGCGGGAUAGUAGCACUAGAGGGCUGUGAAGAAAAUGGGACCGCAGAAGAUUUAAAUGAAAAACUAAAGAAGCUUCAUGCUGAGUUCUGGGAACAGAUGGAUCAAAGGCUGGAAGUCUUACAGGAAGCUAAUGCGUUUUUUAAAAGUGUUAACAAGGCAUUUGACAAACUAGGGAGUAUUGAAACAUACUUAAAACAAAGGAAGGACCAAGAUCUGAACCUGCCACAGUUAGCAGAAAAGCAGAGAGAAGCCGAAGCAGAAAUAAGGGACUGCACCACUGACCCCUUCCAGAAGGGAAAGGCUCUGCUCUCAAAGUCUUUCAAUGGCUCUGGGAUGUCUGGAAUUCAGGAAAUGAUCAGGUAUCUUCAGAAACGAGUAGAUCAGCUAAUGGUCCAGAUCCUUGCGCCAAAUGAUCAAGCCUUAAAGGAACAACAAAAUGCUGUGUCACUAGAGGAGCAUUUUAGGAAGGUGUCACUGUGGGUUCAGAGAAUAACUGCAGACCUGGAAAGAUACAAUGAACUUGGAUGGAGUCUCGCUGAGUGUGAGGAAGUUCUGAGUAAACUUAUAGAGCUGGCUAAUCAAACCAAGGAGGCAUCUCAGUACAUGGAAUCAGCUGGCAAGACCAUGAGUGAAGUCGCUCAAAGUGUUCCUUUGUGCACAGAAGAGUUCAGUAACCGCACCCAUAUACUGGAAGAACAAUUAAAAGAUUUGGAUCAAAGUAUUGAUGAAAAACUGGAAUGCUUAAAUGGAUACAUAGCAUUUUUAAAAUCAUCAGCAGAGCUAAAAUCUGCCAUCCAGAGUCUGAGAAAACUGUAUACAUCGAAUAUGGAAGAAGGCGCAGAGACAGAUACAGCAUCAGUCCUGAAAUCAGCAGAAGGACAGUUACAGUUUGUCCUUACACAGAUUUUCUCAGUUCAAGAUAUGGGGCAGAACUGCCUAAAUAUCAUAAAAAUGAUGAAUACAAACACAGUCUUGAACAACAAACACGCACAAGCAAUUGAAAGAACUAUUGACAAUUUGAAUAAGGAAAAAGCUGAGAUCAUAAAUCUUGGCUCAAUAUGGCAGCAACGCUUGAAUCAAGCCAAUUCCACAAACCAACAAUGGAGGACAAUUAAAGACAAGUUGCAGUCAGCUACCGAUGGAUUAGAAGCAUUGGAGAAGGAUCUACAACCAUUUUAUACUCUGAGCUUGGGAAAUAACUUCCAAACUAUAUUAAAUGCACAAGAAAAACUAAAUCACAUUAAAAAUAAGUAUCAGAAUCUCAAUGCUGACGCUGAAUAUGCUAUAAAGAUAUCUGAUCUUCUUGCCCGGGAAGGCACACAAUUGCCGGAAAAAUCUGGCAAAAUAAAUUACUUGGCUGAGCUUCACCAGAAAGUAAGGGACAGCAUUGCAGAGUAUGAUGAUAUUUUCAUCAAAAUGGUGGCAUUUUAUCAAGUCAAGACAGAGCUGGAAUUCCUUGUUAAAGCAGAACAGAAACUUCAACCUGACCAUGAACUCCAGCUCAAUCAAAUGCAGGAUCAGCAAACUCAUUUCCAAACUCUUUAUAAACUUGUUGUUAACUUGGGAAGAGAAAUAAUUUCUACUAUACAGCAUUCUAAGCACAUCACCAUUCCAGUCAUGGAACUUCAGGAGCAGAUUGCUAAAAUUGAACCUGACAGUACAUGUUGGAAUUCCACUGUGGAAAAACAAGAAGAGAAGCUAUUGAGUCAUUUAGAAUUUGGCACAACUAUAGAAGAUAUAAAUGAGCUAAAAGAGUCAUUUAAAGAUCUAAAGAAAAAAUUCAAUAAUUUAAAAUUCAACUACACAAAGAAAGCUGAGAAAGGCCGGAAUCUGAAAGUAAUCAAGAACCAAAUACAGCAAGUUGAGAUGUAUGCAGAAAGGAUGCAAGUCCUUAAAAAGAAAGUGGAUAAUUUAGGAAAAAAGAUGCCCGUAGCUGCAGUGACUCAACAAGCUGACAGGGCUGAUGCUGUCAAGGAUGCAAUGGGAGGCUUGCAGAAACAAGUUCAUGACUUUGGCAUUGUUAUAGAGGAAUACAAACAGAACCUCGAAAUGGCUGAAGAUCUCCAUCAUAUUAUAGAAGAGUGCCAGUUCUGGUGUGAAGAAGCCUGUGCCACAGUUGUGAGAGUGGGACGCUAUUCAGCUGAAUGCAAAACAAAGGAAUCUGUAGAGAUGCUUCUAAAGCAGUUUAACAAGUUUGUGCAACCCACCCUCCCACAGCAAGAGGAAAGAAUGGAACAAAUGACCAGAAUUGCAAAGCUUGUCUAUGGGCCAGAUGAUGGAAUGAAAUAUAUUGAGAAGAUGACUGUAAAACACAAAGAAGCACUCCAUUCUGUGAAUGAACUAUGUAUCUAUUUAAAGGAACUGGAAGAAAAGCUGGAGGAACCACGAAAACUUGCACCUGUUUUAUUAGCUGAUGCUACAGAAGAAUCAAUUUUAAAUCCAUCUGCAGAACUCCCAACAUCAGCCAAAGCCGGUAGUACACUAACAGACAUGGACUUGCAUCCUGAAUUACUAGCAGAGGACACUGCAUCUGGUGAUGAAUAUGAAUGCAUUUCCCCUGAUGACAUCUCUUUGCCUCCGCUUGCUGAGACUCCUGAAUCCAACCUCCCGCAGUCAGAGACAGAGCUGGAGGAGCAAAAUUGUUUCAGCUCCCACAGCCUGCAUGUCACCUCCUACAGCUUGCAAAUGCAGAUAAAUGCCACUGGCAAAAAGAUGGUGGACAGGUCUGAACUCUUAACACCUGUUGCUAAUAAUGACGCAAUAAAUUGCAAGAAAGAAAAGACUUCUAAUUGUAGUGAGAUAUUCUCUUCUCCUAGCAUUGGAUAUAAAGUAGAGUCUCCCUUUGCUCACCAACCAGCAAUAGUACAUGAAAUGCGCUAUUCUUUAAAUUCUCCUCCUGCAAAAGCGUCACCCAGCCAUAGCAUGAUGAAUGAAAUGCAUGAAACUCAUUGGCAGCAUCAUUCUGUUUAUGAGAGCACGAAAAAAAAACAACAAUUGCAUGUUACCAGUAACUCUACUAAAACCAAAGAUAGGCUGCAUGCUACCCCAGAUGAUUUCUCAAGUGUCAUGUUUCAAUCAGACCCUGCCAAAAGCUGCCAGAGCCACGUGACUGCCCAAGACGCCAUUAAAAGCCAUGCUAGUCUCGUUGGUCAGACGCCUGGCUUCUCCACACACCUGCCUAAUGUCACUGUUAAGGAAGGUUCUCCAGUGACAUUGGAAGUUGAAGUAACUGGAUACCCAGAACCUGCUGUUACAUGGUGCAGAAAGACAGCAACGCAUCGGACUGAUCAUUCAUCCAAUUUUGAAAAGCCAGCACAUCACAACUCGGUCAUUCCAGAGGUACAGAAGAAUGAUGUUGGGGGAUACAUUUCUCAGGACUCAAUAUGUAAAUCCCCCACCCUUAUCUGUGACACCCAAUUAGAAGGUAAUAGGUCACCUAUACUGGAAGUUGACUGGAUAACACUGCUCACUGUCUACCUGUUUCUGUCACUUAUUUACUGGAUACUUACAUAGAUAAUACAAUUUAAUUUUGUUAUUGAAAACUUGAAAAGAAGACCCAACAACAGUGUCAUUCUCAUUCUCAAGGCAUAAACAACUUUUACUGGAAGUGCAUCUUCCUUCAUAUGUUCUCUCUAAGAGUAUUUUUAAUUUGAUCCAGUCUUUGCACGUCAGUUACACUUUUGAUCUCAUUUAUUUUGUACAUUUCUUUUAAAAUCUAUGUGUUAUUUAUAGGCACAUAUUAAAACAAACUGAGAUUGCAGUGCAGUUUCACUUGCCAGUAUUACACUGUGAUCAGACUUAAUUGAAGAAUUGAAAUAGUGAUGUUUAGAAGUGUUUAUAAAUAGAAUAAUGUAUAAUGGCUUUGAUGACUAGUGCAUGAAACCAGAGAAGGAUAUUCAAGUGUAUAUAGAGCAGGCAGAAUUUUCACCUGGGGAUCCUCUUUCAUUAGUUGGACUGCUGUCCCCCUGGAAGACAGUGAAAACAUUUUCUUG